AGGAAGGAAGAGAGAUGUGUUGAGGGGUAGUUGGUUGGUAACUGCAGCGAUGAUAUGGCGAUCGCUAUUGCGAGUGCACCUUACAGGUGUAUUGAGUGUUGUGAAGAAGCGAUCGAACUGUACAAGGAUUAUACCAACGGGGUCCUGAAAAUUAGUAGAUGUUCAUCUUGCCAAAAGCCUGUGGACAAGUAUAUUGAAUAUGACCCUGUUAUCAUUUUGAUUGACGCCAUAUUAUGCAAAGCACAAGCUUUCAGACACAUUAUCUUUAAUACUGAAGUGAAUAUUCAUGGAAAACUUGGUGUUUUUUGCUUAUUAUGUGAAGCCUACCUAAGGUGGUCACAGCGCCAAGGUUCACAAAGAAGCAGUGACCCUGCAGAUUUUAUCCGUUACACAAAAGAAUGGGACUUCUAUCGGAUGUUUGGACUGGCAUUGUUUGAGCUGGUCAUGUUUCUAAUGGGAGUGUUUGCUUUUUUGUGGCCUAUAAAAUGGUAUGACAAGAAAGAUCUUGAUUCUGCAAAACUUUUAAAAGCACUGCUUUUGUCAAGUUAUGGAAAACUACUGCUUAUUCCUGCUGUUAUUUGGGAGCAUGAUUACUCAAAUCUUUGCUUCAGCCUCAUUAAACUUUUUGUAAUCACUUCAAAUUCCCAAGCGAUCAGAGUCAUCCUAAACAGCAGCAGGUGGCUGUCUCUCCUCGCUGUGUUAAGUGGAUUGCUCAUGGAAACGUGUAUGGCUUACAUAUUUCAGAAAGUGGAAUGGAGCCUUUAACACUCUGAAGUUCUACAGUUUAUCCCAAGGUCUGUGUGUAUGGUAAAGUCAGUUUGUACUGUGAAAACCAAAAGGACAAGAAUAAGUGACAGUAUGCCAUAGACAGUAAAACUGGAAACCAGUAUUCAUUGCCUCUCCUGAUUGUGUCUGUUUGUUUAAUGUUUACUUUGUGCUGCUUUAUUUCUGUGACUGUUAAAUUAUAUAAAACUGCAAAGCAAACUGUGUUUUUUGAUAUCGAAAAGAAACCAAUGAUGUGGGUAUAUUUUUCUUUACUCUGCCCUGCAUGUAGAUUUCUUAACUGAUAGGUUGUAUUUGUUAACUAUACAGGUAAUCCUAAAUUGGUAGCUUCAGUCUCUGACCUGCUGUGUUCUCUUCCUUUGGUUAGCUUCUGCAUUUUGUAUGUUGAACCAACACAGGAAUUACAAUAAGUUCAGUUGAUUUUUAUAUGUAUUGACACAUUUAUUUCAAUCAAAGUUUUUUUCAAGAAUUUGCUAUAUUUGGCAAUAUUUUUAUGUAGCACUCUUUUACUAAAACAUUUUCAAAUAAAUUAACACUAUGAAAUUA